AUGUAUCCCCCUCCGAGACCUUGGGACAGGGAUUCUCCUCGCCGUUACGGCCCACCUGGACGGUUUCCUAGGCGUAGGUCCAGGUCUCCCAUCCCACCAAUACCUGAUCGUUAUCCUUACCCGGAGCCACCAGCUGGUCCACCUUUUCGCAACGCUCCAGCAACAUCGCCUUACCCUAGAGGCCCCAGGUCGAACGAGCCGUUCCUUCCUCGCAGCAGGCCGGAUGAAUUUGCGUAUGAGAGGAGCGUUCCUUACAGAGAGCCCGAAAUGGGCGACUACUAUGAGCCACCGCGUCGGGGGCCUGAGCGACCAAUGGACAGAAGGCCAGUCGAAAGACCUAUAGAAAGAACGCCCCCUCCUAAAUAUGAUAAGCGCCUGCCGGAAGAGGACCGAGGAAGUUUCCGUCCUCCGAGGUAUCCUGAGUCUGAUGGAGAUUAUUACCCGGUAGAUGGCCGUCGACGUGAUUUCCCCUCUCCGGGUCGUGGAAUCCCUCCAGCAAAUGGACCGCGAGGUUAUCCGCCUGCAGAAUGUCCGCCGUUUAUACCUCCGAAGGAAUUUGGUCCCGGUGAGUCUCGUCCGCCGCCCCGAGGACGAUCGCCUGAACCUCGUUACAAUUACAGGUCGACCGAAAAACCGGUUUAUCCACCACGUGGUGGUUGGUAUCGUGGUCCUUCACCUCGCCGUUGGUAGUUGCUUUUAUGUCAUCUUGAAGACCUAAAUGUUUGUCAUUGGAAUAUACCAUUUUGUUUAAAC